CUUUCUUGUCUCGCUCAUUGCCUUUCCAUUGAUUUCUGGUUGUAUACGUUUUUGCCCUUUUUAUUAGUUUCAUUUCUAAUUGGGCGCUUGAUUCCCGAUUCUCCACCAAAUUUUUUUUCUAUUAUUUUCGAUUUUCUGCGCAGCUCGUUGCUUGCGGAUUAAGGUUUCUGCAUCCGCCCCGGCAUUUCGAAGACUGCCUAGCAUUUCGGAUAGAAAUUCCUCAAACUGGGAAACUGAGAAGAGAACUGAAUCUGGAUCCGAUGGACCUGAAAUCAAAUCAUGCUGCUCCUGUUCUCACUGAUCCUACACCCUUGAGCAAGUCAAGACUUGGUGUACCUUCCAGCCUGUUACAAUAUUCACCUCCUGGAGCAGCUUUUUCUGCAGGUCUAUUCCUAACAAUCCCUAGGAGAAAGGCUGGAUUACUUGAUGAUGUCCGCUCUAACUCUUGGCUUGAUGCUAUGAAAUCUUCUUCGCCUCCUCACAGAAAGAUAACAAAGGAUGUUAACAACGAGCCUGUGGCAAAUGAGGCUGAUAUUGCUUAUCACACUUGGAUGGUUAAGUAUCCAUCAGCACUUACAUACUUUGAACAAAUCACCAAUUAUGCCAAGGGCAAGAGAAUAGCAUUAUUUCUGGAUUAUGAUGGGACUCUUUCACCAAUUGUAGAUAACCCUGACUGUGCCUUUAUGUCGGAUGCUAUGCGCGCAGCUGUAAGAAGGGUUGCAAAACAUUUCCCAACAGCAAUUAUUAGUGGAAGAAGCCAUGACAAGGUAUAUGAGUUUGUAGGACUAAAAGAACUCUAUUAUGCGGGUAGUCAUGGGAUGGACAUAAUGGGCCCUGUUAGACAAUCUACCGCUGAUGACCACAGAAAUGGUUUUAGGACUACUGACAAACAGGGUAAGGAUGUUAAUUUGUUCCAGCCUGCAGCUGAAUUUUUACCUAUGAUUGGCGAGGUUUAUGAAUCCCUUGUUGAAAGUACCAAAGACAUUGAAGGGGCUAAAGUUGAGAAUAAUAAGUUCUGUGUCUCUGUACAUUACCGCAAUGUAGAUGAGAAGAGUUGGCCUGCAGUUGCACAGUGUGUCCACGACGUUCUUAAAGACUACCCACGUCUCCGUUUGACUCAUGGGCGGAAGGUUUUAGAGGUACGACCUAUAAUAAACUGGGACAAAGGGAAAGCCGUCACAUUUUUACUUGAAUCUCUUGGGUUAAGCGAUUGCGAAGAUGUGCUCCCAAUAUAUAUUGGAGAUGACCGCACUGAUGAAGAUGCGUUCAAGGUCUUGAGGGAAGGAAACAGAGGUUAUGGCAUUUUAGUCUCUGCUGUGCCCAAGGAAAGCAAUGCAUUUUACUCUCUCAGGGAACCCUCAGAGGUGAUGGAGUUUCUCAAGUCACUGGUGAUGUGGAGAAAGUCAAGUGCUCUAUAAAAUACUGCAUAGAUUUUACAUAGAAGAGAUAAUCUUGACAUGCUUAUACGAUGAAAGCAACCUACUUAUUUUAAGUUGUCUAGAAAGAAAAAAAGUAUACCAACAGGAGGUUUGGGGAACAGGCUUUGCUUGGAAGAAGACCUCGCUUUAGCCUGCGUGCUCAUAGCUUCUUGCCUUUUUUGGUUGUGAAAAGCUUUGUGCCUCAAUUGUAAAUUCCUCUUGCUUAAUUUAUCUUCUGGUUUUUACUGAGGGAGGUGCCUUCAUUCUUUUCUUCUUUCUUUCUGAAAUGUAUUAAUUAUUCAUUCCUUCUUUUUAUUUUUAUUUUUCUCCACUCCUCUUGGAUUUUGGUUAAAGUAUACUAUAUCCCUCAUGGGGUCAUUACUUGUUGGACUUGUUGUAAAAUGGGUUAUUUGAUUCUAUGAUGAGGCCCAACCAGAAAGUUUGUUUUUCUCCAUA